AGUCAAGCAAAUCAGCUUGUCUACGAUGUCUUCGAAUAGACUCUGUCUUCUUUGAUUUCGAUUUCCAUUUUCAUUGAUUCCACUUAGUUUUCUAUAACAGAUUAUAGAGUUUACGAUUUAUGUAAUUUUUUUGUUUAUCAAUAUACACAAUUUAACAUUAAAGGCAUUUUUUACAAAUUCAAUAUGAGUGCGGAUGGAUUAUUAGCUGCUAGCAACGAGAUCCGGGAAAAUUUGAUGUACUAUCGCGAAUUGCAGAUAAACACCGCUGUAAAAUUCCUCACGAACCCCAACGUGCAGCGAUGUACCAUGGAAAGUAAAGAGAGGUUCCUCCGCAACAAAGGUCUGAACGACGCAGAAAUCCAGAAAGCCAUUGAGAAAGUCGGCGAGAUGAUAGACUUUGCACCGGUUUCAUCAGAGUUUGUGUUCUAUCGACACUCUAGAACGUCCUGGUUCAGAGACAAUGUGCUACCCCUAAUUAUCUAUGGAGGUUUUGCCUAUGGAUGCUACUGGUUUUACAAGAACUGCAUCCGACAUAUGCUGUUUGUUGAAGAACCUAAAAGAAAAUCAACCGAGGAAUGUAUUGAUGAGCUUCGGAAAUCCUUGGAUGUGCUUAACUCUAAUGUAACGUCACUGCGCGGGGAGAUACAGACGUCAGUUCAACAGAAUGUUAUACGAUCACAACUCGACAAUAUCAAGUCUGAUAUAUCGUCUGUUAAAGGAAUACUACUAAAUAGGAAUCAAUUCUCAACCCUCAAAGCCCGGUCCGACCCGCCAUCAAUUCCGAACUGGCAGCGACAGUCUGCUGAGGCGACAUCCACGGAGGCCGUCGUUGAAGAGAAGAAGAAACCACACAGGAGCCGAAGCCACCGGUCUGAGUCGGGCGGAUCCAACUCCAGUGAGGGAGAACAAGCCACCAAGAAUAGUGAUAGCAGUUUAGAGAUCAUUGGUAACUACAAGGUACCGUCUACAGCAUACAUGUUGUACAUAGGCAGUACACGGGCACAGGUUGAGGCAGACAACCCUGGCUUAAAACACACCGAAAUUUGCAAGAAACACGCCGCGAUUUGGAGAUCUAUGCCGGCCGCAGAAAAGAAUCUUUGGGAGGAAAAAUUGGCAAUACUGAAACGUCAAAAAAAUUAAAAUUACAAGACAAUAGCUGUAUGGGCUGAGUCCUUUUGCCUUUCCCUAUAAAGGAAAAACCGAACCAAAAAAAAAAAAUUGGCGCCAGUAGAAUUAUAACCAUUAGUAUUUGACCCGACUAGUUAUAGUAAUUUUUAACAUUUUAGUUUAGUACUUAAUUAUAUUUAAUUUGAUCAUAUUCAAAUGUGUAUAUGUAUAUGUUCAGAACAUAAAUGUUUUUUUAAAAAAGCUAGGA